AUGGCUCUGUCCGAAACCCUGGAACGAGAAAGCGACUAUGGCUCCGACUUUUCUCCAGAAGACGAGUUGUUUCUAAUCGAGCUUGCUUCUGACAAUGAGCAACGAAUGUUGAACACUCGGAUUUUUCUCACGGAUUUAAAGACGCGCAACGUUGUCGGCCAAGUCAUUCUCCCGUCUGAUGCCAGUCAUGACCUUCAAAACGGCGGUGCAUUCUCCGCGAAUGACUGGCCCUUUGAGGCCUCGCUCGUUCCUGGCCCGAGCAAUAAACCAUUGUGCAUCUCUUGCCCUGGCCCCGGUGCGUCAGUCGAUGCUGACGCUGGCAAUUCCGAAUUGAAGCUUGAGGCGAGAGCUGUGCAGACCUCAUAUCCAGACAAGACGACUGCAGAAAGAGAAGCCAACGAGUCCGAAACUUGCCAAGAUGACCGGUCUCCAUUGCAAAAAUUCCGAUCGUAUCCCCGAAAACCACUUAGUGUCAGUGACCUCACUGCUGGGGCAUGGUGCGAACUAAAAUACUGGUACACCCUGACCAGGCUUCCUGGCGGCCGCCCAACAAAGACUCCCGCCAUGCAGGGAGGGUCCAAGAUCCACAAGCAACUAGAAGAGCAAGUUCAUUCCACCGUCCAGGUUAAUGUUUUGACCAAAGAAGACGGAUUCGCUUUGCGGCUGUGGAACUUCAUUCAAGGCUUGCGUACCCUGCGAGACAAUGGUUUGACCAGAGAACUUGAAGUAUGGGGUGUGGUACACGGAAAUUUUGUCAACGGGGUGAUUGAUGCACUAACCCGCCGGCACCCGGACCCAGAACAUGAAGAGAAAUUCGGGGAGAAAGAGUCACAUUCUGGCCCGAAGCAAACUUUGCUGGCGCAGUUCUUCAAGCCCAGUGGUGAAGCCACGUCCAGCAACCCAGCUUCCCAAAUUUUUUUGUCCGACGUCAAAACCCGAGGAAGUAUGAUGCCCGUCAGUAACUCUGUACUCCGACCAGCUGAGAUACAGCUUCUACUCUACCACUGCUUUUUAUCGGACAUUGCCGCCGGAAAGCUCGACUUUUUGAAACUACUCCGUCGCUACGGGCUUGAUCCUGACGAUACGCUGUCCGAUGACUUCAUGGCUCAGAUGGAACAUGUUCACGGUGACACACAGCAAGAAUCAGCAACAGGAUGGAGCGAAUCGAGCACCAAUCGGACCUGCCUGGGAGAGGAGAGUCCGUCGGCUGACGACGGUGGCCUGCUGAAAUACAAGACUCUCCGACAACUUGUCUCGUUGGUUCGCCAUGAAGUCGAAUUGACUUUCCCAGAGGGAGAAACCUCUAUAGGCCAAAUACUCAGAGUCCAAUAUAUUCAUCGAGAUGACGGUCGGGAGAUACACGUGCACGACUUUCCGGCUUCUUCCCAAGCAUUGCAGGCAUAUUUGACAAGCUAUAUGCGAUGGUGGCAGGGUGAGCGCAAAGCCGUUGGCGUCGAGAUAGAAGAAGCCUUCAAAUGUCGAAGUUGCGAAUUCUCUGCUGAUUGCUCGUGGAGGGUGUCAAUGGCCGAAGGGCAGAUUCAGAAGGCUGAGGGAAACGCUCGGGCGAGAAAGAAAGCAAGGAAGCCCUUGGUUUACGAGUCAGAUCUUGGCGUCUAG